UUACUUCUAAGUUAAUAAAUUAAAAAUGAUUAGGUUAGUUUCUAAAAUAAUUAAACAUAUUCCAAAUAAAGUUUGUUAUAAGGAAGCAUUCAGCAGUAGCUUUACUCUUUUUAAAUUUAGUACAUCUGACUCUAAUAAAAAAAAAUAAAAGCAAGUUUAUUAUGAAGAUAUUAUAUAGGACCAUAACUAUAACAAAAAAAUUAUUGAAUUAGAAAAAAUGAAUGAAAGCGAACAAAUUUACUUUUUAGACACAAUUGUCAAGAAAUUUAACCCAGACCCUAUCGAAAUAUGUGACUAUGCAAAUAUUAUUAUAGAUGGCUUAGUUGCUAAGUAAGAUUACACUAAUGCUUUGAAAUGCUGUAAUAUGAUAACAUAAUUCUUAAAAAGCAAAGUUUCUAAGCAAGAUCUAUAUCUUUUUUCAUUUUAUUCUAUUAUGAUUGAUUGCUAUCUAAAGUAAUAAGAAAUAAACAAAGCUCAAGAAUGCAUCAAUGAAGCAGAAGAAAUUUAUAACUCAAAUAAAGAGUUAUUAGAAAAAGAUAUUUAAAACCACUUUAGCCAUACUCAUAUGUUGUCAUUAAGGUUUUCAGAUAUUGGAUAAAUAGAGAAAAGCGUUUAUUAUUCUUCUAUAUGCUUGUCAAUAGAGGGAAUAAGUAUUUAGCAUUUAGUUUUUCCAACAUUACUUAUAAUAGAUUCAUUAGAGUCUUUAAAUAAAAGCAACGAAGCUUUAUAAUUUGGUACUAAUUUUCUUUCUAAAGUAACUUUUGAAGAAGUAGGAUUUUCUUACGAUGAAACAUAGCUCGAGAUUUUGAAGCAAAUAUUUGAAAGAGUUGCAUCUAUCUAUAUCAAACAAGAAAAUCUAUCAGAUGCUUACUUCUAUUAAGACAUGCUCUUGUAUUUAAUAUAAAUUACAGAAAGUGAAUCAAGUUACAAAUAUGAAGCAGUUUACAACUGGAGAUAAGAAAUAUUAUUUUAGCUAGCAUUGUAGCAUAAAGGAAAUUUGAAACAAUUAUUUUUAAAAUGUGAACUAGAAAAGUAGAAGAGAAUUGGUGUCUUAAAUAAAGAAAUUGAGUAGCAAGCAGAAGAGAGAGCUACUAAACUGCAAAACUUAAUUUAAGAUUAGUAUGCUAAUUUAAGUUAAGUACUUUAAAUUCAUAAAGAAGUUUAUGAAAUCAGUGAAAAAAGAUUUAUAAAUGAAAAUCUUUUACCUGAAGUAGAUUAAUAAAAUCUUUUAAAUUUAGUUAAAAAGAGUAUUGAACUAGAAGAAAAAGUAUUAAACGUACCUAUUAUUGACUAAUACUUUGUCAAAGAAUGCUAUUAUAAAAUUAAAACUAAAUUAUCUAAAGAAAUAUAAGAAAAAAUAGAAAAGUAAUUUAGCAAAAAAAAAUGAAUUGCUUGAAGCAUUCAUACUUAUAUACUUAUGUAUUUUCAUUCAUUAAUUUAUUUAAUUAUCAUAGCUUAUACUUAAAUUAUUAAAAUUAAUAAAUUAAAUUGUAUCACUAUCAAUAUAUUUUAGCAAGAUAAAUUAAUUAAUUAAAAUAUUUACUUAGACUUAAAAAAAUAUAAUUUC